GUUUACUAUUCGGAUUUCGGAUUAUAAAUUUUAAAGAUAAGGGCACUGAUGUAAACAUACAAAAUAUAAAAUAAACUAUUAUUAUUAACCGGUAAAAAAUUAAAUGCUCCAUAAGUCACAAGUGUUAUAUGAUUUAACUAUUAAUUAGUAGUUAGUAAUUAACGUAAUCGGGCAACAGUAAAAUACUUUAUUCUCCAACUGUGCCACUGUUUACAUGUACAUUUAAAAGGGGUUAUCGCAAUUUUUUAAUAUUUGGCAUUUUCUUGUUGAUAAAAUUGAUAUAUUAUACGAAUAUAUUACGUUUCCUUUAAAAUACGGACAUUUAGAUAGUGACUACAGGCUUUAGUAAUGCAACUUGUUUUUGCUUGGCAGUAGGUAGUAGGAGUAUUACAUUGCGAAAUCACGCGUAACACGUGGUUAUACUUACUUGAAGACUGAAGAGUUUAGAGAAUCUAGAAAUCUUUAAAUAUUACCUAAUUGUUGUAAAAUGGUAUCCAACGAUAAAAUAGCUCUCAUUAGCGUAUCUGAUAAAACUGCACUCCUCGAUUUUGCUAAAAGCCUAGUAGAUAAUGGUUUUAAGUUAUUAGCUAGUGGCGGAACCUCACUGUUUUUACAAAAUGAAGCUAAACUGCCUGUUACUAGUAUUUCUGACUUCACUGGGGCACCAGAAAUGCUCGGAGGACGUGUAAAAACAUUACAUCCAGCAAUACAUGGAGGCAUUUUAGCUCGUUUAACUCUAGCAGAUCAAAACGAUUUGGAAAAACACAACUACAGUUUCAUUAACAUUGUUGUCUGUAACUUAUAUCCAUUUGAAGACGUUAUAUCUAAAUCUGAUGUUAUUAUUGGCGAUGCUAUUGAAAAUAUUGAUAUUGGGGGUGUAACAUUGUUGAGAGCUGCAGCAAAAAAUUAUGAACGGGUUACAGUUGUAUGCGACACAAAUGAUUAUUCAAAAGUGAUCGAGGAGAUAUCUCAGAAUAAGGACACUGUGUUGGAAACUCGUCAAAAGUUAGCUUUAAAAGCUUUUACUCGUACAGCUUCAUAUGACGAUUGCAUAUCAAAUUUCUUACGAAAAAAAUUUGCAAAAACAGUUGGACAAAUUGAUUUGCGGUAUGGAACAAAUCCACAUCAGUGCCCUGCACAGUUAUUCACCACAGAUUCCAAGUUACCUUUUCAAGUAAUAAAUGGCUCACCGGGGUAUAUCAACUUAUGCGAUGCUUUCAACGGUUGGCAGUUGGUAAAAGAACUCGCAGCAGCAUCUGGUCUUCCAGCAGCUACUUCUUUCAAACAUGUUAGUCCAGCAGGAGCCGCUUUAGGUGUGCCAUUGAAUGUAAUUGAAGCUCAACUAUACAUGGUCAGUGAUCUACUCGAAAUAAUGACUCCUUUAAGCGCUGCGUAUGCAAGAGCUAGAGGUGCUGACCGUGUGUCUUCUUAUGGAGAUUUUGUUGCUUUGUCACACACUUGUGAUUUUGCUACAGCCAGAGUUAUAUCUAGAGAAGUUUCUGAUGGUAUUAUUGCGCCUGGAUAUGAAGAAGAAGCUUUAAAUUUAUUGAAAAAGAAGAAAAACGGUAACUAUUGCAUAUUACAAAUAGAUGCAAAGUUUACUCCCAGUCCAGUCGAACGUAAAGUUCUAUUUGGAAUGACAUUAGAACAAAAACGUAAUGAUGCACAAAUUGACGGGGAACUGUUCAAAAAUAUUGUUACUAAAAGAUGUGAAGUGAGUGAUAAUGUCAUAAGAGAUUUAAUUGUUGCUACAAUUACGUUGAAAUAUACUCAAAGCAAUUCAGUAUGCUAUGCUUUAAAUGGCCAAGCAAUAGGAAUUGGUGCUGGUCAACAAUCAAGAAUACAUUGUACGAGAUUGGCUGGUGAUAAAGCUGAUAAUUGGUGGCUCCGACAACAUCCUUACAUAUUGGGCAUGAAAUUUAAGAAAUCAGUGAAAAGGGCUCAAAUUGCUAACGCCAUUGAUGAUUACAUUAACGAUACCAUAGGUACCGGGUUAUUGUCACGUUCCAGUUGGGAAGAUUUAUUUGAAGAAAUUCCUAAAGAGCUAACAGCACAAAGAAAACGUGAAUGGGCUACUCAAUUAAAAGGGGUUGCGUUAUCGUCCGAUGCAUUUUUUCCAUUCAGCGACAACAUUGAAAGAGCUAUUAAGAGUGGUGUAGAAUAUGUAGCGUGUCCAUCGGGAUCGACAAAUGAUCAACAAGUGAUUGACUUCUGCAAUGAAGAAAACAUAGUAUUGGCUCAUACUAAUCUAAGACUGUUUCAUCAUUAAAUGUUUAAUAACUACAAUGUUACCACAAAUCAUGAUUUGGUGUAAUCUUAUCUUUAAUCUCUAUUAUUCUUAAAUAACACACAAUACUAUGUAGUGGUUUACCUUGAGAUCUUAUUUUUUAAAUAUAUUUUUGUAAGUAAGAACUAAUAAAUCACUUCUUUAAUGACUUUUAAAAGUGUACAUGAACUAUCAAUUUAAACUGACGUUUCAGAUACAAUUCAGUGUCCAUCUCUUUAGAACUGUUCCCUUUAGGCAGCAAUCAUUACUAAACUUAUUCUAAAAACUCAACAUGUCAGUUUUUAAAUAAACGUGAUGUGAAAAUGAGCAUUUAUCAAGAACACAAGCAAUAAAAUACUUCUUGUAAGUUUUUUAAUAUAUUGAAUAUGUGCUUUUAAAAGUUUCAUUUGUGUUG